AUGGCCUCCCACAAGGACACACACCUCACCAACCUCGACCGCAAACAGCGCAACCUCUCCAACGGCCGCGAGAUCUCCUCCAGCAGCACGCUCUCCUUCACCUCCCAGCUCAGCUCCCUCAUCAACGCCUCCACCACCUCAAACGCAAAGUCAGCACCAGCACGAUCGCGCCCAAAGAAAGAGGACAUCUUCACAACACACAACAGGAACAGCGCCAAGCGAGCGAAUCGCGACCUCGAAGCCGACAAUGCCGGCACUUUCCAACAAAAGCACAGCACCAAGAGCGAUCCGCUCGAUGCCAGCGCUUGGGAGCGGAGUAAGCGCAAGAUGGAGGAGAAGGCGCGGCUGUAUGCUGCCAUGAAGAGGGGCGAUGUAGAGGAUGAGGAUGGGAAGUAUGCAGUAGACUUUGAUGCAAAGUGGGCAGAUGCUAGAGCUGAAGGCAAGGAGGACGAUUCGGAUGAUGAUCCGGACAGUGAUGAUGGCGCUGGAGAAGAGGUGGAGUAUCUCGAUGAGUUCGGCCGCACACGGAAAGGCACGAAACUAGACGCCAUGCGCGCUGAGACAUCGCGAAGAAGGAACGAAGGCGCCCAGGGAGCUGAUGCAGCACGACCUUCUGCGCCGACAAACGUGAUAUAUGGCGACACGAUCCAGCACGAGGCUUUCAACCCGGAUACACAAACCUGGGACGCUAUGUCUGAGCUUGCCAAGAAGAGGGACAAGUCCCUCACUCCUCCACCUGAAGAACAUUUCGAUAGCAACAAGGAGAUCAGGACAAAGGGUACUGGCUUCUUCCAAUUUAGUGGCGAUGCCGAAGAGAGGAAGCGGCAGAUGGAGAAUUUGGAGAAAGAAAGGGAAGAGACAGAGAAGAGGAGGAAGGAGAGGGAUGGCAAGAUGAGUGAGCGAAGAGCAGAGAUCGAGAGGCGCAGGGAAGAGAUCAGGAAGAAGAGUGCGAAGAGAAAGGCCGAUGAGUUUCUGAAAGAUCUUGGUGCGCAGAUGAGUGCGCAAGAAGAGACAGAGAGUGCACCAGAUGCGACGGAGAAGACUGGCACGGAUAUGACAGAUCGUAUUGAGGCUGCGAUACGGCGUGAGGAAGAAGAAGAUACUUGA